UCUGACUGUAUUAAUUUGCUGAAGUCAGAGAAUUAAACAACAUGAACAAACUAAUUGUUUUAACUGUACUCGUCGCUGGAAUUGCUCUCGUUGAGCCUCAUGGCCAUGUCAGCGUUCCCUUAGCCAGAACAAGUGUUUUCCGUGAUCCGAGCUUGGGUGGUCAACAGCCCUUCUGGUGGGAUGACAACGGUGUUUGGUGUGGAAAUGUCCAACAGAAUUUGCAAUAUUCUACUUGUGGACGUUGCGGAGAUGCUCCAGGAAAUACCCACGCUAAUCAAGGUGGCAGAUACGACAAGGGAAUAAUCACCGGUAAUUAUAUGGCUGGAACUGUCAUCUGGGCCACCGUUCACAUGAAUGCCAACCACCGUGGGCACAUGGAAUUUGACCUUUGUCCACAAGUUACUGAGACGAACACUUGCUUCACACGUCUUAAUCUAGCUAGUGGAGACAGAGAAAUUCGCAGCGGAAAUAUGAUGUGCUCAGGUGGUGACCACCAAAAUGGAGAUGUAGGUGUACGUAUUCAGCUCCCAGCUAAUGUCAGAUGUAGCAGAUGUACUCUUCGUUGGACGUACAGAACUUCAUACCCACCAGCUCCUGAUGCGUGCUUCAACCCCAACCCUGCUCAAACAUUCAGAAACUGCGUUGAUAUUGCUAUCCACUAAGUUUGACUCGGCUAAUACAUAUCUUACGAAAAAUAAAACAUUUUAAUCAUUGCAACAA